AUCCAGUAGGUUGCGGAACAGACGUAAAAAAAGAUCGAGUUUUCGACGACAUAAGCCACAAAAUACUUUCGUCUUGUAAUUUCCCGACGUCUAAUUCAUAAGGGUAAGCAGAUCCGUGAUUAUUGGACGUUUCACCAAUUCGAGUCGAAGAUGUCAGAUGAUAUGGGAAAACAGCUGGCCAGCUAUAAGGCCCAGCUGGAGCAGGUCGAAGCAGCCCUGUCAACAGAUCCUGAGAAUGAGGACCUGCUUAAACUGCAAAAAGACUUACAGGAAGUCAUCGAAUUGACCAAGGACCUCCUGUCGAAUCAGCCAGUCGUGGCCCCCACUAGUUCUGACAACUCCGACGCGGCCCCCCAGAGCCAGUCGUGGAAAGCAGGGGACAACUGCAUGGCCGUGUGGAACGUGGACGGACAGUUGUACAAGGCCGAGAUCGAGGAGGUCGACGAGGAGAACGCCACGGCGGCCAUCACCUUCAUGGGCUACGGAAAUGCCGAGGUGGUCCCGCUGCACAGCCUGAAGCCUGCCGAGCAGGGCGCCCCGUCAGAGGAGUCCAAGUCCAGGAGGGAGCAGAUUGCGGAGCAGAGGGAGUACAAGAAGAAGAAGGCCCUGAAGAAGGCCCAGCGGAUGAAGGAGCUGGAGCAGGAGAGGGAGGUGCAGAAGUCCAAGUGGCAGCAGUUCAAUAACAAAGCCUACUCCAAGAACAAAAAGGGACAGGUGAAGAGGAGCAUAUUUGCAUCGCCAGAGAGCGUGGAUGGCAAGGUCGGGGUUGGAACGUGUGGAAUCGCCGAUAAGCCAAUGACCCAGUACCAAGACACAUCCAAAUACAACGUGCGACAUCUCAUGCCACAGUAAGAGGGACAGGCGAGCGCAGGGCCACAGGCCGGGUUCUGUUGCUCCUGCUGGCUGAUUUAACCUGAAUGGACUUCCUCUGGGAUGUCGGAACCACUGCACUCUGAUCUCAGAUCAGUAUUUUAAAGGAAGCGUCCAUCCUGAUACAGGGUCAAGGUUAAAGCAAUACGUGCACGUGUGUGCGCACACGAAUGCAUACAUGUACAGACACAAAAACACACACACACACUCUCACACUGACAGACACAGAUACAGAUAUAUACAUUUCUUUCCCAUUGAAUUGGGACUGCAUUGGUGACCUCAUUUAAAAAAAGUUGCUUAAUUUUAUUUAAUUUUUUUUCUCCAAUAAACACCUGGAUACACAUGCUGGUAUAAAUGAAACUGCAGAAUCACACAGAACCCUUAAGGCACUGCCCAUUUCUGUAGAAGAGGAUGAGACUGAAAUCGAGAUGCAUGGAGGUUUCGGUUGUUUUUGUUUUUGUCUUUUUGAUUUACGUCUCAAACAAAUGCUGUAGAGAAGGUUGGCCUAAAAGAGCAACCCUGUAGUCUCAAACUAAAUAUUUAGUUUAAGGAGGUUAUUUUAUGUUCCAGCAACUGGAAAGUCAGUUUUGUAGAACUGAACUUGUUUUUCCUUUUUUUCGCCCCUUCUGUUUCUGUAUCAAGUAAAAUGCAAAAGAAGACUUGUUCAGGUCAGCAGAUAUUAAUGGUAAUGUAAUUAUUCAUAUUUUUGAAGGGUUGUACUUUUUACUAAAUUAUGCCAAGUCUUCAGUUUUGUACAUGUACCUUUUAUGAAAUAAAUGUAAAAAUACA